UUUUCUUUUGGGAGUUGCUUCAUCAUGCGGAAUCUCAGGUUACUUCGGACCCUCGAGUUCAGGGAUAUUCCAGCUGCAGGGAAACCUCAGUGCUUCUCUCUGAGGACGGAGCAGGGAACAGUGCUCAUUGGCUCAGAUCACGGCCUGAUCGAAGUAGAUCCCGUCACAAGAGAAGUGAAGAAUGAAAUUCCUUUGGUGGCGGAAGGCUUUCUCCCAGAGGACGGAAGUGGCCGUGUUGUGGGUGUUCAGGACUUGCUGGACCAGGAGUCUGUGUGUGUGGCCACAGCCUCUGGGGACGUCCUGCUCUGCAAUCUCGGCACUCACCAGCUGGAGUGUGUCGGGAGUGUAGCCAGUGGUAUCUCUGUAAUGAGUUGGAGUCCGGACCAGGAACUGGUGCUGCUUGUCACAGGUCAGCAGACCCUGAUUAUGAUGACAAAAGACUUUGAACCCAUCUUGGAGCAACAAAUCCACCAGGACGAUUUUGGUGAAGGCAAGUUUAUCACUGUUGGAUGGGGCAGAAAGGAGACUCAGUUCCAUGGAUCGGAAGGCAGACAAGCGGCUUUUCAGAUGCAAAUGCCCCAUUCGGCUUUGCCCUGGGAUGACCAUAGCCCGCAGGUCACCUGGCGUGGGGAUGGACAGUUUUUUGCUGUGAGUGUUGUUUGCCCAGAGACAGGGGCUCGCAAGGUCAGAGUGUGGAACCGGGAGCUCGCCCUGCAGUCGACCAGCGAGCCUGUGGCGGGACUGGGGCCGGCCCUGGCAUGGAGGCCCUCCGGUAGUCUGAUUGCCUCUACCCAAGACAAGCCCAACCAGCAGGAUGUUGUGUUUUUCGAGAAAAACGGCCUUCUCCAUGGACACUUUACCCUUCCCUUCCUCAAAGAUGAGGUUAAGGUCAAUGCCCUGCUGUGGAAUGCUGACUCCUCGGUGCUUGCGGUUUGGCUGGAAGACCUCCAGAGGGAAGAAGAUGCCACUCGGAAAACCUACGUUCAGCUCUGGACUGUUGGAAACUAUCACUGGUAUCUGAAACAGAAUCUUCACUUCAGUGCCUGUGGAGAAAACAAGCCCGUGUCUCUGAUGUGGGAUCUGGUGACCCCAUUCCGGCUGCACGUUCUCUGUCAAGGCUGGCAUUACCUCUGCUGCGACUGGCACUGGACAACUGACCGGAGCUCGGGAGACAGUCCCCGUGCCUUGGCCAAUGUGGCCGUCAUUGAUGGACACAGGGUGUUGGUGACCGUCUUCCGGCAGACUGUGGUUCCUCCUCCCCUGUGCACCUACCGGCUGCUGCUCCCGCAGCCUGUGAAUCAAGUCAUGUUCUCCGCACACCCUCAAGGGAGUAACGACCUCGCUCUCCUGGAUGCCAGCAACCAGAUUUCCAUUUAUAAAUGUGGAAAUCUCAGUGCUUUUAUAGUUUUGCUCAUGUCUUUUAUAUACUUCAAUGUUUCUAACAGAAUUCAGUUUGAGAAUAUUGAAGAUCAAGAAGUGAACCCGCUGAAGCUCUGCCUGCUCACCUGGAUUCAAGAAGGGGUCUUCCUGGCCGUCAGCCACAGUCCGUGCAGCCCCCAGUCCACCCUUCACCAUUUGACUGUGGCCCCUUCUGAGAUGGAUGGGGAACAAGGACAGCUCAGUGUCAGCUCAUCUGUGACGAUGGAUGGGGUUAUAAUCAGCCUAUGUUACAAUUCCAAGACCAAGUCAGUAGCCCUGCAGCUGGCUGAUGGCCAGAUAUUUAAGUACUUUUGGGAGUCACCUUCUCUGGCUGCUGAACCAUGGAAGAACCCUGAGGGAGUUCCCAUCCGGUUUCCUUACCCCUGUGUGCAGACAGAAUUGACCAUGAUUGCAGGAGAGGAAUGUGUCCUUGGUCUGACUGACCGGUGUCGUUUUUUCAUCAAUGACAUUGAGGUUGCAUCAAAUAUUACAUCAUUUGCUGUAUCUGAUGAAUUUUUAUUGUUGACAACCCAUUCGCACACCUGCCAGUGUUUGUACCUGAGAGACGCCUCAUUUAAAACAUUGCAGGCAGGGCUGAGCAGCAGCAGCCUGUCUAACGAAGAGACGCUGCGGAAGGUGGAAAGGGGUUCCCGGAUUGUCACCGUUGUGCCCCAGGACACAAAGCUUAUACUGCAGAUGCCAAGAGGAAAUUUAGAAGUUGUUCACCAUCGAGCCCUGGUCUUAGCUCAGAUUCGGAAGUGGUUGGACAAACUUAUGUUUAAAGAAGCAUUUGAGUGCAUGAGAAAAUUAAGAAUUAACCUCAACCUGCUUCAUGACCACAACCCUCAGGUGUUUCUCGAGAACGUGGAAACAUUCGUGAAGCAGUUAGACUCUGUAAAUUACAUUAAUCUGUUUUUCACAGAACUGAAGGAAGAAGAUGUUACAAAGACCAUGUAUCCUCCGCCAGGUAACAGCAGUGUCCAGCUGCCUAGGGAUCCUGAUGGGAAAAAUGUAGACCUUAUCUGUGACACGCUGAGAGCAGCCAUGGAGAGCAUAAAUCCUCACAAGUACUGCCUGUCCAUUCUCACUGCUCAUGUGAAGAAGACAACCCCAGAACUGGAAGCUGUGCUGCAGAAGGUCCACGAGCUUCAAGCCAGUGCUCCAUCUGUUCCUGAAGCUGUGAGUGCAGAAGAGGCCCUCAGGUACCUGCUGCUGCUGGUGGAUGUUCAUGAAUUAUAUGAUCAUUCUCUUGGGACCUAUGACUUUGAUCUGGUCCUCAUGGUAGCUGAGAAGUCGCAGAAGGAUCCCAAAGAAUAUCUUCCAUUUCUUAAUACACUUAAGAAAAUGGAAACUAAUUAUCAGCGGUUCACUAUAGACAAAUACCUGAAACGGUAUGAGAAAGCCAUUGGCCACCUCAGCAAAUGUGGACCUGAGUACUUCCCAGAGUGCUUAAACUUAAUAAAAGAUAAAAACUUGUAUAAUGAAGCUCUGAAGUUAUACCCGUCAGGCUCGCCACAGUACAAGGAGAUCAGUGUUGCUUAUGGGGAACACCUGCUGCAGCGACAGCACCCCGAAGCAGCAGGCCUCGUGCUUGCCCGCUGUGGUGCCUACGAGAGAGCACUGGAGGCGUUUCUGGCUGGCGGCAGCUGGCAGCAAGCCCUCUGCAUGGCAGCCCAGCUUAACUUCACCAAAGACCAGCUGGCUGGCCUCGGCAGGACUCUGGCAGGGAAGCUGCUUGAGCAGAGGAGGCACGGUGACGCAGCCACAGUUCUGGAGCAGUACGCCCAGGAUUAUGAAGAAGCUGUGCUCUUGCUGUUAGAUGGGGCUGCCUGGGAAGAGGCUCUGCGAAUGGUAUACAAAUAUAACAGACUGGAUAUCAUAGAAACCAACAUAAAGCCUUCCAUUUUAGAAGCCCAGAAAAAUUACAUGGCAUUUCUUGACUCUCAGACAGCCACAUUCAGUCGCCAUAAGAGACGUUUAUCGGUGGUUCGAGAGCUUAAGGAGCAAGCACAGCAGGUGAAUCUGGAUGAUGAGGGGCUCCAUGGUCAAGAGUCGGACCUCUUCUCUGAAACAAGCAGUGUCAUGACUGCCAGUGACGUGAGUGGCAGAUACUCACACAGCAACUCCAGGAUAUCGGCGCGAUCGUCUAAGAACCGCCGCAAAGCCGAGCGGAAGAAGCACAGCCUCAAAGAAGGGAGUCCGCUGGAGGAGCAGGCCCUUUUGGAGGCCUUGAAGGAGGUGGUGCAGAGCAUUGAGAAGCUGAAAGAUGAGAUGUACCAUAUUUUGAAGGUGCUGUUUCUCUUUGCAUUUGAUGAACAAGCAAAGGAAUUACAAAAGGCCUUUGAAGAUGCCUUGCAGCUGAUAGAAAAGUCACUUCCAGAAAUUUGGACUGUGACCCAUCAGCAGAAUUCAGCCACACCUGUUCUAGGUCCCAAUUCAACUGCAAACAGCAUCAUGGCCUCCUAUCAACAGCAGAAGACUCCAGCCCCUGUUCUUGAUGCUGAGCUUUUUAUGCCCCCAAAGAUCAACAAAAGAACGCAGUGGAAGCUGAGCCUUCUGGAGUGA